GCUGAAGCGGGACGUGCUGCACCUUACUUCCUCCCUGUAGUCCUCCGCUUGUGUCGCCGCCAUCUUGUUGGGACCCAAACUUUUGGAACCGAUGAAAUAAUAAGAGAAACGUGACGGUGUUUCACCGGAGGUGGCGGACUAAGGAGGAGCGGGGCUGACAAGCUGGCGGUGAGAGCUGAGAGGCCGCACGAUGGCGUUGGACCUGGGGAAGAGGUUACUGGAGGCGGCUCGUGGCGGAGAUGACGAUGAAGUGCGGCAGCUGAUGGGGAGCGGAGCGCCGUUCACCACUGACUGGCUGGGGACGUCCCCUCUCCAUUUCGCCGCUCAGUACGGUCACUUCUCCACGGUCAAAGUUCUGCUCCAGGCAGGGAUCAGCAGAGACGCCCGGACCAAGGUGGACAGGACCCCGCUACACAUGGCGGCCUCUGAGGGUCACACCCACAUCGUGGAACUGCUGAUCAAGAACGGAGCCAGCAUCAAUGCUAAGGACAUGCUGGAAAUGACGGCGCUGCACUGGGCCACGGAGCACAACCACCGGGACGUGGUGGACCUGCUCAUCAAGAACGCGGCCGACGUCAACAUCCAGAGCAAGUUCGGCAAGACGCCCUUUGAUAUCGCCCUCGACAGGAACUACCCCGAGCUGCUGAUUGCCUUACAGGAGACCAUGCAGGGACAGGGGCACAUCCACAUACAGCCUGCGAGGACUAACGCCAUCACAGUCUCAUCCCCGCAGAUCAUCCUGACGCCCAGUAUGAUGUCUACGGCGAACAUGACCACUUCCACAGCCGGCUGUAUUGACUUUACUAACCCCAAUUCUGUGCUGGCCACACUGGCGGCGCUGGCAGAGGCCUACACCCCUAUUUCAGGCUCUGGCAAUACCGCUGGGUCCUCUACUGAACUCGUCUCCAUGGACAGUGUCGGGCAGAUCUUGGAGAAUGGAGGCCAGAGGGUGAUCACCAUUGUGACGGAUGGCAUACAGCUGGGGAACUUACAUGGCAGGUUUACUACAGAUCGCAUGCGGCGUCCUCUUCUGGUGACCAUCCAGAAUGGAGAGCAAGUUGUUGCCAUCCCUGAAGAGGACUUCAUAGAAGAGGUAGUGGCUGAGGAAGAUGCCCCCCCUGCUAAAAAGCUUCGUCUGCUGGCCGUGGAAGCUGCUAAAAAAGAUAAUACGGACAAUCGUGAAGAGGACACCCGGAGACUAUUACAGCAGCAGCUCCAUGAAGCCAACGUGCGGGCCCAGGAGUACCGGCAGCAGCUCAUGGAGAAGGAGCAGGAGGCGGAGGAGUACAGGGUCAGGCUGGAGAACCUGGCCCGACAACACAUCAAUGGGGACAGCUUCACAGUGGUGGAGGACGGUGACACCAUCAUAAUCUCCACCGAGGAGUUACAGGGCACAGAAAUGACGGAGAUAGAGACAGUGGAGCAUCACUGCGACAUUCCUAUGGAAAGUGUGGUCAUGUGACCCAGCCGCUGACGUCCUUCAGCUUAAUUCAAGAGAGGUGGGUGACUGUGCUGCUGCGGUCCUCAGGAGGAUAGUCCCCUGACUGCACCCUAUAAUCCAGCCCUGCAUCACGUGGCCGGAGGGUCGGCAUGGUUCUGCUUCAGGGAUUCGUUGGCCUCCACAGGCAGACAUGUAAAUGUACAUAUCUAUAUACUCCUUCAUAUUUAUAUCUCCCUGGAGCGCCGCUUCUCCUCUACAUUCCCUGUAUAAUGUGCUCCUCCACCAGAUGUGGCUUCAGCCCCAAUACCUGACUAGAGAUCAGCGGUGACAUCACUCAGUCUGCCUAUUCACUAGAGAUCAGCGGCGACAUCACUGAGAAUG